UUUAUACGGUGAACGUGUGUACACAAAAUAAAUUCAUGUUCGAUAUAUGUGACACAUAAAAAAAAAAACAUAAAAAAAAAUAAAAAAAAUAAAAAUGUUUGGCACAUCGAGAGAAAUUAUUAAAAGUUUAAUCGUGAAAUUUGGUGAGAAGUAAUAUCCAAUAUUAUUAAAAGAAAAAGAUGGCUGUCAAAACAAUAUUUUAAACGUAUCUAGAAAAAGAUUUCAAAGUAAUUUACCUCGUCAAGAAAGUGUUAAAAAAGUUUUAUGUCAAAGAUAUGGACAACCAACGUUUAUGUCUCAUCCUCAUUUAUUGAAAGAUGGAGAGGUUAUGCCUGGUAUACAUCGUAAUGAAUUCGAACAAAGGAGAUUAAAAUUAAUAGAGAAUAUUAAAUUUAAUUCUGAUAAGAUAGAACAACAUAAAUCACAGUUUGUAAUUAUACCAUCAUCUUCUAAAGUAUAUAUGUCAGAAAAAAUCCCAUAUGUAUUCCGUCAGAACACAGAUUUUUUAUAUUUCUGUGGUUGCCAAGAACCUAAUACAAUAUUAGUAAUUACAUCUGUAGGAGAUACUGUUACAUCUAUUUUAUUUAUGAAUCAAAAAGAUCAACAUUCGGAAUUAUGGGAAGGACCAAAAACUGGAGUAGAGGCUGCACCCAAUUUAUUUGGAGUUAAUAAAGCUCUUCCUGUGACAGAAUUUGAAAGAUUUUUCUUUUCCUUUAUUAACGAACAUAAAAAUAAUAUAAUUUGGUACGACGAUAGCAAUGUCCUACAGACUCAGCUACAUACAAAGUUAAAUGAAUUGAUAAAAGUAAAUAAUCAAAAGUUUACUUCUCCAAAAAAUCUAUUUCAUAAAAUACGUUCAAUUAAAUCACAAAGUGAAAUUAAUUUGAUGCAAAAGAGUUGUGAUAUCGCUUCCAUGGCAAUAAAAAAAACUAUACAAGCUUCUAAACCAGAAAUGAAUGAACAUCAAUUAUUUGCAAUAGUUGAUUAUGAAUGUCGUAUAAAUGGUGCAGAAUUUUUAGCUUAUCCACCCGUUGUAGCUGCAGGAAACAAUGCAAAUAUUAUUCAUUAUAUUUCUAAUAAUCAAAUUAUCCAAAAUGAAGACAUGGUGUUAAUGGAUGCAGGUUGUCAAUAUCAUGGUUACACAUCUGAUAUUACAAGAACAUGGCCUAUUAAUGGUAAAUUCAUGCCAGAACAAAGGAUUCUAUAUGAAAUAGUAUUAGAUGUACAAAAGGAGUUAUUGCAAAGGUUGAAAGAAAUGCCAACAUUAGAUCAAUUAUUUCACUGCAUGUGUUCACUUUUGGGAGAAAGAUUACAAGAAAUAGGAUUAAUACCAAAAAGUUUAUCCGGAGAUAAAUUAAUAUCAGCUGCGUUUAGUUAUUGUCCGCAUCAUGUAAGCCAUUAUUUAGGAAUGGAUGUACACGAUACUGCCAAAAUUUCUAACAGUGUACCAUUACAACCUGGAAUGAUUAUAACUAUUGAACCAGGUAUAUAUAUUAAUCAUAAAAAUCCCUUGGCACCAUCAAAUUUCCAUGGCUUAGGAAUACGAAUUGAAGAUGACGUUUUAAUAAAAGAAAGUGGUCCUUUAGUAUUAUCAAAAAAUUGUCCAAAAGAAAUUACUGAAAUAGAAGCUAUUGCAAGUGAGAAUCAGUCUUAAUUAAAAUCGACUUUAUAAUAAAGUCUGUUAAAAUUUCUUAGUAUAUAAACAAAUUUAUGAAAAUAAUUUAAUGGAGGAAGAUACAUUACCCAUCUUAUUUUCUAAUUAAUGCUCACUAAUAACUCAGGAUAUCAUAGAAAAUCAAUUUUUAAUUUUACAUGUAUAUAUAUAAAUUACACAUAUGUAUAUAUAUAAAAAUUGAUAACAUUUGGAUUAAACAUUAUUAUAAUAUUUAUAAAUGCAAAUCAUCAGUUUUAUUCAAAAAUCUGUUUAAACGGAAACAAAUGAAUAUUGUAAACUUGUAUCCAGUACAACAUCAUCAAGAGUAAUAAUAAUAAUAUAUAUGCAAGAAGUGCUAACAUGAACAUGUAUAUAUAAUAAAAAAAAAUCAAUAAUAUUUUAUUGCAUACAAAUUGCUAGAAUAGAAAAAUAACAUUCUAUGGUGUAUUUUAGAUCAAAAAUCAAAGUAAUCCAAAAAGAUCGUUUAAUCUCGUUAAUAAAAAA